GACAUGCUUGGCAUCUUCCAAGCUCUCUUUUCCCAUUUCCCAAUUCCAAACAACAGCAAACAUUUAUUGCCGCAUGUACUUUUCCGUAAAAGUGGCUUGUAUUAUUUUUGCUUCAUGAAUGCCUUCCCGGAUUUCCAAAUGGCCAAAUCUUUCGAGCACAUCAAGAGACCCAUGAACGCCUUCAUGGUUUGGUCCAGGGGCCAAAGACGAAAGAUGGCUGAGGACAAUCCAAAGAUGCACAACUCGGAAAUCAGUAAGAGGCUCGGAGCCGAGUGGAAGCUACUCACCGAUGCGGAGAAGCGUCCUUACAUCGACGAGGCGAAGAGACUGCGGGCUCAGCAUAUGAGGGAACACCCGGACUACAAGUACAGACCCAGGCGCAAGCCCAAGACUCUUCUCCAGAGGGAGCGCCUCGUCUUCCCGCUGCCUCCAGUGGAGCACUUGAAGGGAUUCUCCGCGGACUCCUUUCUUCUGAAAGGGGAUAAAAGCGUACCUUUCCUGCAGGCGCCUUCUACCGCUACGUCGCUGCUGGAGAUCAGCACCGGAGCUGUCCAGCGGAUGACCGAGUUCCAGCACCCUCUGAGCGCUGCAGCUCGACACGCCUUCGGAUACCACACCGGAGGGGUCGGGGGGCUGGCUUGCCUCGGACAGCACACCCAAGUUUCACCCGGCAGCCCCUACGUGGUGCCGUGUAACUGUGGAGCCUGGUCUGCCGCCGGUCUGCAGCCUCAAGUGGCAUACAUACUCCUCCCGGGAGGGAUGAGCAAAGGCGGCAUGGACGGGUACUCAUCACCGGGAUCCAGUGCGUAG